UUCCAUUAGAAAUAUAAAGAAUGCGCAAACGCUUUGGGUUUGUUUGGGAGUGAAUUAAAUAUUUGGAUCUUCCAACAGAUCUACGUAAUACGUGGGAGUCGCCACCUGCAUCACAUUAGACUUUUGGAAAGGGAAAGAGAACAGGAGUAGUGAGAGAAAGCUUGGAGUUGCAGGCUACAAUGGCGGACGCUGAAGAAGUGAGCAACAAGCAGGUGAUUUUCAGGGACUACGUCUCUGGUUUUCCUAAAGAAUCCGACAUGUACAUGACCACUUCCACGAUAAGCCUCAAGGUUCCAGAAGGUUCCAAGGCCGUGGUGGUGAAGAACCUCUACUUGUCAUGCGAUCCCUACAUGCGGCCUCGUAUGAGCUACACUACGGACAGCUACAUCCACUCCUUCAAGCCUGGUUCGGUUAUAAGUGGAUAUGGAGUGGCAAAAGUUUUGGAUUCUGGGCAUCCAAACUUCAGCAAAGGGGACUUGGUUUGGGGAUUUACCGGAUGGGAAGAGUAUACUCUCAUUACAGCACCAGAGUCUCUGUUUAAAAUUCCCAACAACGAUGUCCCCCUUUCAUACUAUAUUGGAAUUCUUGGUAUGCCUGGUAUUACUGCAUAUGCUGGUUUUUACGAGAUUUGCUCUCCUAAGAAAGGAGAGUAUGUCUAUGUUUCAGCUGCAUCAGGAGCAGUGGGUCAACUUGUUGGCCAGUUUGCGAAGUUGAUAGGUUGCUAUGUUGUUGGAAGUGCUGGAAGUAAAGAAAAGGUUGAUCUGUUGAAAAACAAGUUUGGGUUUGAUGAAGCUUUCAACUACAAAGAAGAGCAGGAUUUGGUUGCAUGCUUGAAAAGGUACUUCCCUGAAGGCAUUGAUAUUUACUUUGAGAAUGUUGGGGGGCCGAUGCUUGAUGCGGUUCUAGCUAACAUGAGAGUCCAAGGCCGCAUAGCUGCCUGCGGGAUGAUUUCCCAGUACAAUCUUGACAAGCCCGUGGGUGUGUACAACUUGAUGAAUAUCAUCAAAAAGCAGAUCAAAAUGCAAGGAUUUGUCGCUGGGAGCUACUUUCACCUCUACCCCAAAUUUCUGGAGAUGAUUCUGCCUCACGUCAAAGAAGGGAAGGUUGUAUAUGUGGAAGACAUAGCUGAAGGCCUUGAGAGUGCUCCACAGGCUCUUAUUGGCCUCUUCUCCGGGCGCAAUGUUGGGAAACAGGUUGUUCUAGUUGCUAGGGAAUGAUUUACUUCAUUCUACAUCCUUUUUCUUCUAGAUUCCAUGGAAUAUCAUCUAUGAUAAUGCUCCUUUUGUUCCUAUUGGAAAAUAAUGAGUUGACUCCUGAUGUGUUAUGUUCAGUGUGUGAGAGUCUGAGUUGUUAACAAAGUUCAUAUUUUCCGAUUUCCUUGUAAAUAAACUUAGAUGAGAUUCUUAUUU